AUGAUCGGAGAUGCCCAUCUGACGCCGCAGCCACCACGUGAGGCAGAGCGCCGUCCCGGAAGGAAGCAGAUUUCUCCGUCCCGGAAGUGUUCAAAGAUGGCUGCUGUGAUGGCUUUGGCUGUGCUACGGCGACAGAUGACGCGCUCGCCGCAAUGGGCCUACGCGGGGCCGGCCCCGAUCCGUGCUGUCAGGAGGAGCGUCUUUGGGUUUUCUGUCCGCUCAGGGAUGGUCUGUAGGCCACGCAGGUGUUGCAGUUCUACUGCAGAAACAGCCGCCGCUAAAGCAGAGGACGACGACUCUUUUCUCCAGUGGUUCCUGCUUUUAAUCCCUGCUACUGCUUUUGGCCUGGGGACUUGGCAGGUCCAGCGUCGGAAAUGGAAGCUGAAAGUUAUUGCAGAAUUAGAGUCUCGAGUCAUGGCUGAGCCCAUCCCUCUACCUGCAGACCCAAUGGAACUCAAAGACUUGGAGUAUAGGCCAGUGAAGGUCAGGGGGCAUUUUGAUCACUCCAAAGAGCUGUACAUAAUGCCUCGGACCAUGGUGGACCCUGUCCGAGAGGCCCGUGAGGCUGGCAGAAUGUCCUCCUCAACCGAAAGUGGGGCCCAUGUAGUCACUCCUCUCCAUUGCUCUGACUUGGGAGUCACCAUCCUGGUUAAUAGAGGGUUCGUUCCCAGGAAGAAAGUGAAUCCUGAGACCAGGCAGAAAGGCCAGGUUCUGGGAGAAGUAGACCUAGUUGGCAUAGUGAGGCUGACAGAAAACAGGAAGCCUUUUGUUCCAGAGAAUAAUCCAGAAAAAAAUCACUGGUAUUAUCGAGAUCUGGAAGCUAUGGCCAAGAUAACAGGAGCAGACCCCAUCUUCAUUGAUGCAGACUUCCGUAUGUUGUGGUCAGCUUGCUAUUGGAUGAGAGCACGACCCCUGGAGGACCCAUUGGAGGUCAGACAAGAGUAACUCUUCGGAAUGAACACAUGCAGUACAUCAUCACCUGGUAUGGACUAUGUGCAGCCACAUUAUAUUUGUGGUUCCAAAAGUUUGUACGAAGAGCACCAGGUGUGUGAGGUGCGUGAAGUUAAUGAACCCGUUCCCAACAACCACAAAAUAAAGAUUUUCAUAUGUAAAAGCCA